CUCAUUAAAGUGUAAAUGUUCCUGUGUACGUGUAACACAGUGAAUAUAAUUUCCGAAAGUACCAGUUGACGUUUAGUUCAUUUAGGGGUUAUGUAAUUUGACGUUUUUAAUCGGAGUUAUUCAAAAAACUUUGUAUUAAAAUUUAAAUGGGAGAUAUGGAUACACCAAACACGACUUCAGGUGAAAGUUCCUCGAACACAAAUUUACAAACACCUCCUCGAGCUGAGAGAAAAACUACUCGAGGUCCGCGUCUAAAGGGAGUGGACAGUGUGACGAAAAAAUUUCUUAGAAAUUUCGACCCUGAACAGAGUGAAAGAGAGAAACGCAAGCUUCACCGACGAUUAUAUCAGGGUAACAAGAGGCACGCCUUGUAUGACGAGCAUGGCACUUAUGUGCAUACAGGAGACGAUCUUUGCGACUGUCUAAAUUUGAAUUGUGCAGGGUGCCAUUUUCCUUGUCCCAAGUGUUCUGCUACAAAGUGUGGACAUGAAUGCAGGAAUAAUCGAAAGUGGACUUAUGAAUCUAUAGAAAACGAAGGCAGUGAUGUCACGAUAAAGAACCCCUUAAUGAAAGAAGCUUGA